AUGUCAAACCGAAAUCCAGUUACUAGUACAGAAUCUCCCGGUUCCCUGAGUGCCGAUAAACGUUUCUUCGACGAGGCCAACGCGGCUUUCCAGAAUGAUGGAGGCUGGUACAAUACAUUUGUCCCGGAUACUGCCAUGAUAACGCGGGCAGAACAGGGCUCAAGAUAUCAAGGGCCUAAUCUGGAGGAGGACGAGGGCGACUUGGCGGCCGAGGCAGAUGCUGCAAUGGACGCAAACCCUGCAUUUGGUUCAUACUUGGAUGAGCAGGUCGAAGGAGUAUCUGACCGGGCCCCAAGUACGGCUCACCUAGAGAUCCUAGAUAAUCGAUCAAGACCUGACUCCAAAACACUUGCCAUGUCCACCAACAACCCGCCAGAGGAGGCGAAAGAAGGCUCAUACGGCUUCCCCGCUUGGGACACAUUCGAGUCUCAGAAAGACGGGUACGCGCUUGACAGAAGAGCACACCUGGAUGAGGUUGAGCGUGGUCCAGCGGUUCGCCAUAAGAACGUGGGUGAGCGCGAUUACAACAGAGCCUCCGCUGAAGGGCAGCCAGACACACAAUUCAACAAAUCUGCGCGGUUUAGCCCUCCAUCGCUCAAGAACGGCGAGGGCCUUGAAGAGACCUGGACGGAUGCAGACUUGGAGGAAUUUAGAAGAGCAGCUGGGAAGCGAUAGUCAGUUUUUCACGGUUAUGUUGUAUGCAAGUUGAGCUCAUGUUCAAUAUUAACGAUACCAAUUGGU